CGAGAGGCGGCGGCGUAUGGAGAUCCUCCUCACUUGUGGAUGGAGUUGCGGAGCUGCUCACAUGGCGCCAGGCACCUCCCGGACAGCCUCUCCCGGGCCGGGUGUCACCUCUGCCGGCUUUUAGCGACACGAACCGAGGGGAAAACAUUCAAGCAAGACGGUCUCCUUCAUGUUGUGUGGAAGUCUCGGUGAAGUUUCUUGGCUAGCUCGGACGGCGAACAAGUUUAAGAGCAGCGCAUAAAAAACUUAAAACACUGACUUUUAAUCAUUUUUGAGACAUUUAAAAUAAGACAUCUUGCAGAGAAGAGCUUGUAAGGGUUUCUACAAACUGGCCUCUGCUGACUCUCCAAGCUAUUCUCUGGAACUCCCUGCAUUUGAAGGGGAGCUUGUCAGAUGUGUACCCAGCCUUCAGGUCCCCUGUCCUGGCUGCGGGGAUGGCAGCGUCUGCCUUAAACCGUAACAGCCUUGGAAUCAUGAACGGCGGUAAUCAGUUUCACACCCAGCAAGGUUCCACUGGUACCAGCUCCAGAGAUAGUUCCCAGCUCCCGGUUGGCCGGCCGGUGCUGCCAGUUCCAGAUCGGGGAACCUACUGCCAGCUGCUGGGCACGGGUCUCUACAGCUCAACCAGUCCUAAAGCACAUACGGGCGACACCCUCGCUGUCACCCCUCGCGCUCGCUCCCCCUCGCCGCGGUGCCCGGAGCUCCUCGGGGUCAACGUGGGCCAGCGGGUCCGGCGGCUGAGCUCGCCCGGCGCAGAGGGACGGGCCGAGCAGGAAGAGUCGGGAGCAGCGGGAGGAGGUGGAGAGAGGCAAGAGGAGAGGAGACGCCAAGCACAACUGCUGCAGAUUCACAAAGAGCUGCAGAACGUGGAGGUCAAAGGAAAAGUGGGCAUUUUCGAGGCCCACAUUUCUGGGAUGCGUGCCCACGUACUUAACAGCGAGCUUCAACGCAGCCCUCGCUCUGCGAGACGAACGGUGGUUGGCCAAGUUCCGCCCCGUCCCAGCCAUCGCAACGCAGACCUCCAAUGCUCAAUGAACCGGGCCCACCAGAGUCAAGUUUCUCCUGUUUUCCAAAAUGGGAGAGAAGGGGAGGAUGAGGAAGGAGAAGGCAGAAGGGGAGAAAGUAGUGUUAUUAAAAUAAACUACUGUGAGGCAAAGACACUGUGUGGUCAGAAUGGUGGCCAUUCAGAAACAAUACAAACUCCCUCUUUAGAUGGACCGCUUCUUGUCUACGGCCCCUGGGAGACCUCGGACGCGCAGGCAGCCAAAGAUGGAGAGAUAAAAGAGGACAGCGGGGAGAAGGAAAAUAAACAAACACCAGCAGAUGACGGAGAUUCAAGGGAGAGAGAAAUGAGAGAAGGACACCAGUCGGGUUUGGAGGUGCUGCUCCAGACAGAGGGCAUCAUGCUGGAAGCUAACCCAGACACCGCUGCUUCACCUGGGCCUCAAAGCAGCAAGAUCCCCCCUUGUUUGCUGGACCGUCCUACUCCCUCCGUCCUUCCCUCCAUCCCCGCCGUUAUUGUCACAGACCACGGCCUAGAAAGCCAUCCUCAAACAGCGGAUCACGGCGGAACCCCGAGUCCCAGUCUGAGCCUCACGCUCCAGUCGAAUGCCUCAGCACGCUCCCUCAGGAAGUUGUCCUCUUCCUCGGCCUCCUCCACCGGGUUCUCCUCGUCUUGGGAAGAGUCGGAGGAGGAUAUAUCCAGCGAUACAGAGAGAGGGGAGCAGCUUCUCAACCCAGCGCAACUUACUUCUCAACAGAAAGCACACAAGUCAUGGAAGAAGAUCAAGAACAUGGUCCACUGGUCUCCAUUUGUCAUGUCCUUCAAGAAGAAAUAUCCCUGGAUACAACUGGCAGGGCACGCAGGGAGCUUCAAGGCCGGAGCCAACGGCCGCAUAUUAAAAAAACACUGUGAAUGCGAGCAGCGCUGUCUGUCCCUGCUGAUGAGGGACGUGCUUUGCCCCUAUGUCCCCGGUUACCAUGGGGACAUCGAGAAGGACGGCCAGAAGUACAACCAGAUGGAGGACCUGCUGGCUGAGUUUGACUACCCCUGCGUGAUGGACUGCAAGAUGGGAGUCAGGACGUAUCUGGAGGAAGAGUUGACCAAGGCCCGUAAAAAGCCCACCCCGAGACCGGACAUGUACCAGAAGAUGAUUGAGGUGGACCCCGAGGCGCCAAUGCCCGAGGAGAAGGAGCAGAAGGCUGUGACCAAGCCCAGAUACAUGCAGUGGAGGGAAACCAUCAGCUCUACCGCCACGCUGGGCUUCAGGAUAGAAGGAGUCAAGAAAGAGGACGGGACGGUGAACCGAGACUUUAAGAGGACAAAGACGCGGGAGCAAGUGAUGGCAGCGUUCCAUGACUUUGUCAAAGGCAACAAGGACAUACUGAACGGCUACGUAGGCAGGCUGAAGGAAAUCAGGGACACCCUGGAGAUCUCACCAUUCUUCAAAACCCAUGAGGUGAUUGGAAGCUCCUUGUUGUUUGUCCACGACAGCAAGGGGAGGGCCAAAGUGUGGAUGAUCGACUUUGGGAAGACCACCGCUCUCCCAGAGGGGGAGGAGCUAAACCACCGCACUUCCUGGCAGGAAGGAAACAGGGAGGAUGGCUACCUUUACGGAUUGGAUAGUUUGGUGGACAUCAUUUCUUGUGUGUUGGACACUGAAACAUGA